UUUAGGUUUGUUGUAUAUACACGAAAAACGACGUUUGCUAGUUUCUGAAAGAAACAGAAGUAAAUAUCAAAGAUAAGCAAAUUACUUAUUAUGAUUACAUAUUUGUAAACAAAAAAAAAUGUCAGGUCCUAGAUACGAAAUGGAUGUAGAUAAUCAAAGUGAAGAUGGAGAAAUUAAAAAGAGUCCAAAGAAGGAUGCAGAAAAUUUUAGUUUCUCCGAAGAAGAAGGAGCCGACACGACAGAUUCAUUAGACAUUAAACCUCCACAAGCUGUGAAAAGGCAUCAUAAAAUAAAUGUGUCACGAAGACGCGAUAAACAUGUGGAUAAAAGAGAUCGCAAAGAUGAGAAAGAACGUAAGUCUCGACAUCAUGAUCGAGUGGAAGAUAAACAUCGUGAUAAACACAGACACAGGAGACACGAUGUCGAAUCUUUAGAACGGGGCGAGCGUUCCGAAGGUUCGAAACGAGAACGUGAAAGAAUAGAUCGAAUGGAAAGAAUUGAUGGACAUUCUAGAGAUAGGGAAUCUUCUAGACACGAGAGAAAGGAUAGAACUACAGGAGAUCGAGUAUUGGAAGAUUUGAGAGAAAGGUUAUUGGAUAAAAGAAGAGAGAGGCGUGAAGACCCCCGUGAAAUUCGUGAAUGCAGACGUGAGGUACGUUUGGAAGAAUCACGAGAUCGUCGAGAUGGGCGACUUGAAGAAAUACGCGAGCGUCAUGAACUUCGGGCGAUAGAUGAUGGACGAGAACGACGUGAAUUGAGAAUAGACGAUCGUCGACAUAUUCGUAUAAUGGAGGAACAAUAUCCGGAAGGUGAUUUGAUCGAUCGACCGGAGAAACGUCAUAAAAGGUCUCAUAAGCAUGAAAGAACUCGAGAUAGAGAGAGGGAGAAAGUAGAUCGAGAAAAUCAUAUGAAAAAUAUAUUAGAAAUGGCUAAUAGUGAAGAUCAGGAAGGUAUGGAAGUUUCCGAAAUUCUAUUAAUGCCCAAAGAACCGAAAGAAAUGACGGAGCAGGAACUUCGAAAAGAAAGACUUUUAGAAGCGGAUAGAGAAAUGGCUCGGCGAAAGGAAGUGUCAAGAUUAGAAUUGGAAGCGAGAAGAUUGAAAAGAGGGGAGAAAAGGGCAAUGAGUCCUGAUUUGAAUCCGGACCCAUCGGUAGUUGAAUUAUCUGAUGAGAGUCCUAAUUCGGUACAUUCCGAUGUUGCAAGAUCCAGAUCUAUAGAACGAUCGUCUGAUGAACGAAGAAGCCUUCACGAAAGAUCCACAGAUAGACGUUCGUCAGAUUCGUCAAAUACAAGCAGUGAUGAGGAUGAUGACGAUGAGGACGAUGAUGAUGACGACGACGACGAUGAUGAUGAAGAUGAAUCGAACGAGUCAAAUAAGGGGAGCAAUGAUGAGUCUAAUGAUGGAUCGGAUUACAAUAAUCCAAGUCCUUUAUCAGUGGAAAGAUUAACGAAGUCAGAUCAUUCCGAAGGCGGUUCACCGGGACAUGUUGAUUCAAAUGGUACGGCCAAAGGUGACGAAACAGAAGAAGCAGUUAAUCAAGUACCUGAGUUACCUCCUUAUUUACCAGCAAUUCAAGGAUGUAGAAGUGUAGAAGAAUUCCAAUGUCUUAAUCGCAUAGAAGAGGGUACGUAUGGCGUUGUGUACAGAGCUAGAGACAAGAGGACCGAAGAGAUAGUUGCAUUAAAAAGACUUAAAAUGGAAAAGGAAAAAGAAGGAUUUCCUAUAACAAGUUUAAGAGAAAUAAACACAUUACUCAAAGCUCAACAUCCAAAUAUUGUUACUGUUCGUGAAAUAGUUGUCGGUAGUAAUAUGGACAAAAUAUUUAUAGUGAUGGACUAUGUUGAACAUGACUUGAAAUCAUUAAUGGAAACAAUGAAACAAAAGAAGCAGGUCUUUAUACCGGGCGAGGUUAAAUGUCUAAUGCAGCAAUUGUUACGAGCUGUGGCACAUUUACAUGACAACUGGAUAUUGCACCGGGAUCUAAAAACUUCCAAUUUAUUAUUGAGUCAUCGAGGAAUUCUCAAGGUCGGAGAUUUUGGUUUGGCAAGAGAGUAUGGUUCUCCUCUGAGACAAUAUACCCCUGUAGUUGUCACCUUGUGGUAUCGAGCACCUGAACUUCUUUUAGGUGGAAAAGAAUACAGCACCCCAAUCGACAUGUGGUCAGUCGGUUGCAUUUUUGCCGAGUUUCUCAGAAUGGAAGCACUUUUUCCAGGUAAAUCUGAAAUGGAUCAAUUGAAUAAAAUUUUCAAAGAACUGGGAACACCAAGCGAUCGAAUAUGGCCGGGUUACAGUAAAUUACCGAUGGUACAAAAAAUACCAUUUUCGCAUUAUCCUGUUAAUAAUCUUAGACAACGGUUCAGUUUGUCAUUAACUGAUCUUGGAAUUGAACUUCUAAAUAAAUUUUUGACGUAUGACCCUCAACAGCGAAUAACAGCAGAGGAUGCACUAAAAGGCGGUUACUUUAAUGAACCUCCAUUACCUAUUGAUCCGAAAAUGUUUCCAACAUGGCCAGCAAAGUCAGAAUUGGGAGUGAGAACUGCGAAUAACGCGUCGCCUAAACCUCCCAGCGGCGGUAAGGAAUAUAAACAAUUGGGUGAUGGGGAUGACGCAGACAUUAAUGCCUCUGGAUUUCACAUGGGUCUGGUGGAAGGUGGUAGACCUCCGCCUGUCGGUGGCGGUUUUAGUCUUAAAUUUUAAAUAUUUUUUUAAAAUUGUACAAGACAUAAAUAAAUUAAUACAACAUAAUGAGUAAUUUCUAA